GGGGAUGGCUGUACAACAAUGUGAAUGUACUUAAUGCCACUGCACCGUACACUUAGAAGUGGUUAUGGCAAUAAUUUCACGUUAUGAGUUUUUUUGCCACAAUUUAAAAGAAAAACAUUGAUAUUAACCUACUAUUAUUUAAGGUACUGUACCAGGUGUUACCUAUACUAGGAGGAGGCUAGUAUGCCCUUGGGAAAUCGGUUGGUCAGUGCUUGGAAUGGUGAGUCUCGUAUCAAAGUAAAGGCGUUAACCCAGGGCUCCUUCCACCUUGCCCAGUAGCGAGAGGUUGUAUUUGUCUCCUUGGGCUGUUUCAUGCUCAUCAGUUCUGGGCCCUUGUAGACUUUAGAGGGAACAGGCUCUCCAGCAGCACGGGUUGGGGCCCCAACAGGGUCACCAGCUCUGAAGUCCUGUUCUCUGGGCUCGGUAUAUGAGAGACGACGUGGCAGGAGCUGUCAGGUAGCGUCAUCCCAGUGAACCAGAGGGGCACCCACCUGCAGGGACUGCAGAGACGUCCCCAUGACACACCAAGGCCUGACUUCGACACUGAGCCCCGCUCCCAGCCUGAAUGCCCCAGAACCCUCCCAGAAAUAGGCCGGCCUGAGCAGGGGGUGUCAUACAAGGCAAAACUGCCCACUGGCCAACAUCCAAAGGACAGAGAGAGUGCUAGCCCAGGCAUGGUAAUAAGCAGCUGCAGCCACAGUGAAAGGAACCACUAUCUUCACAUGUUCUUAGUAGGUCAGGAGCUAUUGAAUGAACAUUGGCCUUUUCACUCAUCACCAGACAGUGAUGAUUCUCAGCGAUAGUAUCUUUUAAGUAGAAAGGAAAGAAUAUUUUUGCAUUUAAGUAGUUCCUUGUAAGAUGGAAUUACCAGUCUGUUUUUGAAAAGCACUUUAUCUUGUAAUUUUUAUGAAAGAAAAUGAAAACUCUUCUGAGUGAGUUUGGUAGCUGGACUACAGACACCAAUUUGUCAUGCUGAUGGUGCAGUGUUUAUGAAAGGAGCGAUUUCUGCAGGGUGUUGUAUAUGACUUGUUGCCAUAGGAAGUGCACAGUGCUCUCACAUGAAUAUGGAAGCCAUGAGAUUGGUUUUUUGGUUGAGGAUCACUCAUUCACCGAAAAUGUAUCCAGCACCUGUUAAGUCCAAAGAGCUGUGUGCAGUGCCCUAGGGAAUACAGAGGGCGAUCUAAAAUCUUACCUGCGCAAUGAGCAAGAGCACGUGCGGGGGGAUUCGCAGACCAUGUUGCUGCAGAGGAUGGCGUGUGAGAUUGCUGCGGGGCUGGCCGCCAUGCACAAGCUGCACUUCCUGCACAGUGAUUUAGCCCUGCGGAAUUGUUUUCUGACCUCGGACUUAAAUGUGAAAGUGGGAGAUUAUGGGAUAGGAUUCAGCAGGUACAAGGAGGAUUAUAUUGAAACAGACGAUAAAAAAAUUUUCCCUCUGCGAUGGACUGCACCAGAAUUAGUAACCAGCUUUCAAGACAGACUGCUAACUGCAGAUCAAACUAAGUAUAGUAAUAUCUGGUCCCUGGGUGUGACGCUCUGGGAGCUUUUUGAUAAUGCUGCUCAGCCUUAUUCCAACCUUUCCAACUUAGAUGUUCUCAGCCAGGUCAUUCGAGAGAGACACACAAAGCUCCCAAAGCCCCAGCUGGAGCAGCCUUAUUCUGAUCGAUGGUAUGAAGUUUUACAGUUCUGCUGGCUGUCACCAGACAAGAGACCAGCGGCUGAAGAUGUGCAUAGACUGCUCACCUACCUGCGGAUGCAAAGCCAAAGGGACUCAGAAGUCGACUUUGAACAACAGUGGAAUGCUCUUAAACCAAAUACAAAUAGCAGAGACGCUUCAAAUAAUGCUGCAUUCCCAAUUCUUGACCAUUUUACCAGGGAGCGGCUUGGUCGUGAAAUGGAGGAAGUCCUCACCGUGACUGAAACCAGCCAGGGCCUGAGCUUCGAGUAUGUCUGGGAGGCAGCUAAGCAUGAUCACUUUGACGAGCGCAGUCGGGGCCACCCGGAUGAAGCCUUGUCCUACACAAGCAUCUUCUUUCCAGUUGAAGUUUUUGAGAAUUCACUUUCAGAUCCUGGGCCCGGGAAACAAGAUGACAGUGGCCAGCGUGUCCCUGUUAGAGCCCCCGGAGUGGUUCCCGUUUUUGAUGCCCACAACCUUUCUGUUGGAAGCGACUAUUACAUCCAAUUAGAAGAAAAAAGUGGGAGCAACUUGGAGCUUGAUUACCCACCUGCACUGCUUACCACUGAAAUGGAUAAUCCUGAAAGAAGAGGUGACGAGGCAUCCCAGUUUCUGACACUGAGGAAUCUUGAAUUUGAGGAGUCCAGUACAGAUGAGGAUUUCUUCCAAAGCAGUACAGACCCCAAAGACUCCAGCAUACCUGAGGACGCACAUGUUACCACGGGCCCUGAGAGCCCUUUCAACAAUAUAUUUAAUGAUCUUGACAAAUCAGAGGAUUUGCCCAGUCACCAAAAAAUAUUUGACUUAAUGGAACUAAAUGGAGUUCAGACUGACUUUAAGCCAACCACUUUACGUUCCACUUUGGAUGACCCCAAAGAGUCAGUAGUAACAUGCCACUUUGAGAAGGAAAAGCCCCAUAAGCUUUUUGACUAUGAGCCUCUUGGCUUAUCAGAAAACCUUAUGCACCAAGAUAAUUUUGAUCCGCUGAAUAUUCAAGAAUUAUCAGAAAACUUUUUAUUUCUUCAAGAGAAAAACUUACUAAAAGACUCAUUGUCUAGCAAAGAACAUAUAAAUGAUCUUCAAAUAGAACUUAAAAAUGCCGGUUUUACUGAAACUAUAUUAGAAACUCCACAUAGAAACUCUUUAGAUACUGAGCUUAAGUUUGCUGAAAAUAAACCAGGCUUUUCUCUGUUGCAGGAGAACAUGAGUGCAAAGGGGAAAGAUGCAGGUGUCAUGCCCGUGGACAACACUUCAAACCUCUCAUUGCAGUCUUCCCCGGAAGUGCAGGUACCUCCUACCUCACUUGAAACAGAAGGAACACCUCAUAGUGUACCUCCAGAUACGUUCCCAAAGCAGGGAGAAACCAAACCCACGUGUUUAGAUGUCAGUAUCCAUGAAGACUUUCUCUGCCAAGAACUCAGUCCAGACUCUGUGACUGUCCCCGUUGAAACUCCCUUGACUGAUGCCAGGACAUCAGUUGGUGAUAGGUCCCAUGACUUGACUCACCAAAAUGAGGAGGCCUUGAGACUACCCAAAAGUGACUCGGUUCUUGUUGACGACGUUUUUGCCAGUAAGGUGAGUAUAGGGAGUAGUCUUCCAGAAUUGAGACAGAACUUACAAAAUCAACUGCUUUCUGAAGACCAUCAUAGUCAUAGUCUGCUGGAGAAAAACUUGGAGGCUGUGGAGACUUUGAACCAGCUGAAUUAUAAAAAUGCUACAAAAGACAUGGGCUUGGUGUCUGCCUUUUCCUCGGAUUCUACCAGUCAAGACAGCCUUUUAGAAGAUAGCUUGUCAACACCCAUUCCAACAUCAGAACAGUCUGUGGAGACCCCAGACUCUCUGGAUUCGGUGGAUGUCCAUGAAGUUUUACUGGGUUCUUUAGGCUCUCACACACCUCAGAAACUCUUGCCCCCUGAUAAGCCUGCAGACAGUGGCUACGAGACAGAGAACUUGGAGUCCCCUGAAUGGACUCUGCACCCUGCUCCCGAUGGCACCUCAGCCUCUGAGGCGACCACAGCAGGCGACAGCGGUCGUGGCGGGUUGCCUCCCAACCCUGUCAUCGUCAUCUCAGACACAGCUGAUGGCCACAGAGGGACAGAAGUGACCUCGCAGACUUUUACACCUGGUUCCCAGAGCUCACACAGAGACUCUGCCUACUUCUCAGAUAAUGAUUCUGAGCCUGAUAAGAAGUCAGAGGGGGUCCCAGGAACCUCAGUGUUGGCCUUGGCAAUCGUAGCAGAUCAGCCCUUGCCUGAGCCAGUCAUCCCAGAGCAAAGUCCUGGCGACAAGGACAGUUGCCUGGAAACCAAAAAUAGACAGCCAGACCAAAGUUGUCUAUCUGCUUUGCAAAAGUCCAGUCACCUGGAAUCAAGAGAAACGUCAGAACCAGCACUGACUGACAUUUCCAAACAAAUGCAUCCUGAGGACGAGGCUGGCAGUCCCCUGAGUCUGUUGAACUCAGAGCUGAGCAGUGGUGAUGACUUUGAGGCCCACGAAGAGCAGCCCUGCACGCUUGCCUCCGCUGGAACCAACACUAACGAACUCCUUGCGUUUGCAAGUUCCACCCUCCGCUCCAGCAGCCCAUCGGCCUUGAUGGUGGAUAAGUCCUCGGGCAGCCACUCCGAGAGCCCCAAGCUGAAGGAGCCAGAUAUCGAAGGGAAAUACUUGGGGAAACUUGGUGUGUCGGGGCUGCUCGACCUCUCCGAGGAUGGAAUCGAUGCAGACGAGGAGGACGAAAACAGUGACGACUCUGACGAGGACCUGCGAGCAUUCAACCUGCACAGCCUCAGCUCCGAGUCGGAAGAUGAAACCGAGCACCCCGUCCCUGUGAUCCUCAGCAACGAGGAUGGGAGGCACUUGCGGAGCCUGUUGAAACCCUCGGCUGCUGUUGCCAUUGACCAGCUACCAGAUGACUGGAAGAAAGAAAAGAAGGCGGUGACGUUUUUUGAUGAUGUCACAGUCUAUCUGUUUGACCAGGAGACCCCAACCAAAGAGCUGGGACGCUGCGGAGGAGAGGCACAUGGCCCUGAGUUGAGCAGCCCGGCACCUUCGUCAGAUUCCCCCUACCUGAGCAGGUGUAUCAAUUCCGAAAGUUCAACUGACGAAGAAGGUGGAGGCUUUGAAUGGGACGAUGACUUCUCCCCAGACCCUUUUAUGUCAAAGACAACAAGUAACCUUCUUAGUUCCAAGCCUUCUCUUCAGACAUCAAAGUACUUUUCUCCUCCACCGCCACCCCGGAGUGUGGAGCAGAGCUGGCCCCACGCAUCACCAUAUUCCAGAUUCUCCAUCUCUCCUGCCAACAUCGCCAGCUUUUCUCUCACACACCUGACUGACUCGGACAUCGAGCAAGGAGGAAGCAGCGAAGAUGGAGAAAAAGAUUAGGUGGCUGCUGACGCACUCUCGGGUCCCAGGCUGCUCCCCCAGGGCGGGGUUCCUGUGCUGCCAGCGAGCAUCGACAUCCACUCCACAUCUGCUGAAACAGGACAGGGAGAAAGACUCAGGAGGCGAAAGGGAGCCGGUGCUGGGCUCUGUGCUCCCAGCCCACGGCGGGAAGCCUGGCUGUGGAGGCGUGGUCUCAUCUAGCGCAGUGUGCUGCCCUCGCAGCUGCGCCCUGCGGCCGCUCUCACCCACUGCAAGUGCUCGUGCUCUGGUGGUCCUUGGGGAGCGCCGACCCUGCUCCGGUCUGUGGGGAACUGUAGGCUCGGGUUGUUUCUGGUUUCCACGUGGGGUGUUCUCUGCGUCCAUACCUGUGCAUCCCGUCUGUGCACGGGCCCGGAGGACGCAUGAUGGGAAUUGGCACCAGUGAGCCAUAUUUAUUAUUUUUAAAGAAAUCACUAAUUGCUUUCUGUAAUUGCACUGUGGAUAAAUGUUCUAAGAGUCCCUGAUAUUGUACAGAAUCUUAAAUUAUUCAAGGAAAAUAAGGCAGGUCAAGCUGGUGCUAUCCACUAGUUUGAUUUUUUUUUUUGUUUUAUAGUUUGCUCUGCAUGGUACUUGUAAAGCUUAAAUAUUUUGAGCAUUACGCUGUCUUUAGAAUUGUUGGAAUUGUACAUAUGGUACUCUUUCGUACGUGAUAGAUGAUUCUGAAUGUUAGUGUUUUAUGUUCUUAUAGGAAAUAUUUUUGAUGAGUCCAAAAAGACUGCUCUGUUUUGUUGAUUGAAUGAAACAUUUUUGUCUCUUCUCCAUAAGGUGGUUUCCCUGCUGCAAAUGAGGCUUCCCUGAGGAGCUGAAGGGUCUUGCAGCCCAUCUAUAUCAUCCUCCCACCCGCCCCCCAAUUUUUUCAGGCCCUUUUGGUAAAAAUCAACAGGUGGUGCAUCCCAGAACUCAGCUGCUAGUUAGGAUGUCCAGGUCUCCCAACCCCUCUCCCUGGGAAGCCAAGCGGCUUCCUCCCUGCUGCGUUCUCAUGUGGCAGGUUGAGUGAUCUGCAAACAGAGUGUGGCCCCCGGGUCACUUCCCCUCAAAGCCGGCUCUUCUGCAUGAUUUUAGAAGCGCAGACUGCUAUGGCUUCAGUGUCCUUGUGACUCCUCCUGUCGGGAAGGUGGAGAACUCCGAGGAAGAAGCUGCUCCACAGAGGGCUCUGGUAGCCAAGGGCAGUUUGAGUUCAUUCUUCUGUAUGCUUCAGCUGUACAGAAGAGCUGAAGUUACCUGCAGAGGUAACUUCUGAUAACCUGCAGAGCUGAAGUUACCCCUCAGAACCACUUUGAGUCAUAUCACGUCCAGGUGUGGCUAGUCUCUGUAACCAAGGACGUACACUACAUCCCUACAUCUGUGAGGAGGGACAAGGGACAAUGGCGAAGCCUCUGCAGCUGGCACAUCCUCCCGGUCGGGACCUUGAGUGGCCCCGAGUAGCCAUCGCAUCCAAACACUUGCCCAGGGCUCAUCUGUGCUCACCCUUCCCUCCUGCAUUAAGCACCAAGUUCUCCCCUUGCUUUGAAAGGGACCGAGCGUAUGCAGUGAAACCUCAUAAUGUUGGCUGGAAUCGGGUGUUCAUAAUAAAAAAGCUGACCUCAUUCUGCAGUUCUUGAGUUCUGCUUUGAUGUCAGGAAGUUUCCAGGAGCUAGAGCAGCGGAGCGGCGCUGUGCUGAGGGAGGCCCAGUGUGUCAUCAGGAAGCCGUGUGCACCAGGUAGGGCCUCAGGUCUGCAGUCCCCACGUGCUGGCCUCUCGCCCCAGGUGUUUUCCGGUGCUGAUACGCCUUCCUGACUCCAGCUGAACACUAGGACGACUCCAGGCCAGGGCUGGGGCCGCGUGAUGUAAGUCACAGGCACCAGGUCCUAGUGUGAGGUGCAAAUGUGUAUCCUGGCUAGAGUUUAUAUAGUAACUUAUGACCUUUCUUAUCAAUUCUGGUUCACCCCACUUACUUUUUACACUAGCAAUAACUUUCCAGAGCAAGAAAAUGAGAAUGGAGAAAGAGCCCCUUUUACCCUCUACUCGGGGUGAGCGAGGAGCACUGCCGGAGAACACUGCCAGAGCGCGCUGGACCUCGUGAUGGGCAUGUUGAACACAAAAGUGAACAGCGCGUGAGGUGAUUUUGCCAAAAUUGUGAUAACUCCGAAUUUCUUGCUAUGGAGACUUCCUGAAUUUUCUGAAUUUUUCAUCUAACUACCAGUCUUGGUUGAGAGAAAUGAAAGGCAGUUAUACUGUUUUUUUCACAUUAUAGGUUUAAGGAGUUCAGAUUUAAUGACUAAAAUCAAGCAAAUCCAUAGAAUAUAUAGUCUUCUUAUACAGCCUGGGAUAAAUUUAUUGAUAUUUUGGGGCUGUACAUUUUUCACUAUGAUUAAGGAGAUUUUAACAACGUAAUUCCCAUUUUAAUUUAUUUUGUCUAUAUCACUGUCAUAAUUGCCAAAAAAAGCAUUUUAUACAUUGAGUUGCGGGGGGUGAGUUGGGGUAGUAGAUAUUAUUGUGAUGAUGCAUGGUAGGGAAGAUUUUAUAUUUAUAAUAAACAUGUGAGGUAACAUGUUCUUUUGAAAUCUCAAGCAAUACACAGGAAAUAAAUUAUGUAGAUUAAAAUUUUCAGCCUAUUUUUAAAAUGUCAGCAUGUGCUUUGCUGUUUGUUUUUUUUACUCAGUCAGUUAUCAGUGCUGGGUUUUCAAACCAUACUUGUUCUAAUAAGUUAUGCAGUGAAAUAAGUCAGUGGAAUUCUCUAGAUAGUAUGGGUGAGGUUUAUAAUACCUGGUUCACAAUAUUUCUUGGCCUCUUUGGAAUCUGUCAGAUUUUAAUUAGUCUUACUUUGGUGGAAUUUACGUAUUUUAAAUCCUGUAAUAGAAAUAAUCAAACCUUCAUUUCCUUCCUAGCUAGAUGUUAAUUUGUGUUAUCAAAUGACCCUGUGAUUAGCCAGAAAGAGAAAUGUAGAAAAAGUGCUCCCCAAAUCCUUGUGAACAGACUGUGCGCCUGGGCGAGAAGCCGUUCGUCUUAGGGGGAGGAAGCUCAGUGGAGUUGCAUUGCAAACAGAGCUUUCAUUCUGUGUUUAAAUGUGCAGGUGAUUGUUCCUAUAGAAAUGGGUUAUCUAAGAAAAGUCUUUGUAUGUCUUGCUGCCCUAAAACUCCUUUCAAAACCUCUUCCUUUUGUUAGUAUUUUCCAUGGGGUAUUUGUGGGGUUGAUGACUUACUGCAUGUCUGUCCUGAGGGCCUGGGAGCAAGGGAGGCAGCUGCUGGCUUUACUCUGCUCAGCCCAUCACCUGAAGAUUCCAGAAGUGAACCAAGUGUUAGGCUCCAGAUGUUGGGCGUCUGUCAUAGGGGCUUCAGAAUGUUAGCCUUAAGAGAAGUAGCCUUAAAUAAGACUGCGUGCACACAGUUACUUCAGAUGUAAAUCCCCAAAACAAUAUUCCUACGUAGUAAUGAGGUCGGCUCCAGUUUUGGCUAUUAAAAAGAAAACUCUCUUUAGUAUAUAAAAUUCUUACAGAUGUGUUGACAGUAUUGAUCACCAACAACCUGUUAUUUAAACGGCUCGAACACGUUUAACUGUUCGAGUCGGAACAGGCGCAGCUAGAGCUCCGGUAGGUGAUGGAGCGGUGUGUGCACCCGCUCUCUAAUUCCGUCCGCAGAUGAGGACCCCAGGGGCGGCCACCCCUAAGAGGUGUCCCUGUUGUGCUUUAACACAGUCGGAAGAGGUUCACGGCGAUAUAAAAGUUAAUGAACUUUCAGUUUAAAUUGUGUACAUUUUUAAACUGUAAGAUUUUUACUGUAUAUUGAUGCAUAGUGUGAUUCAAUAAAUUGCUUGUAAUUUAAAAACUAUUUAAUAUUCAAAAUAAAUAUAGUUAUAUAUUUAUAAACUC